GCUUCAGUAAUUCCAUCUUCAUUUAGCACAUUCUUUGUUACAAACGAAAUUGUGUAGAGCUGAUAGCUUUCUUCAGAAGCAAACAACAACGAGUCUCCAGCUGGCGACCAAACAGCGCUAACUGCUCGACCUGCUAGACCGCUCCAACGCUCUUCAUGCCAAGUACUACGGUCGUAUACCCUUAUGACAUUGCCCGUAUACAGGACAGCAAAUCGGCGACCAUCAAGUGUAGGUACAAUUCUUGUAACAUUACCACCAGUCCAUGCACCAAAGCAAUCCACCUCACCGGUGGAUAUGUCAACUAUCAUGAUCUUACUGCUGUUCGGUGAUACAGCUAAUAUAACAUUUGAUGUUGUACGAUCCCAAACAAUUUGA